GCGCGCGCCUCACGCCAGCGCGAGAAGGGGGCGGAGGGGGCCCCAGCUCGGCGCGUGCGCACUGCGAACCUGUUUUGGCGGGCGUUGCGCAGAGCGGCGGCUGUGAGGGGGUGGGGGAAGUUGGUUCCGCACCGAGCCGUUACUUUUUCCACCCCCCAGGAAUUGGGUAGCCUUGGUGCAUUAGGUGCAACUUCUGCGCUAUGGGAAAGAGAAACAAGAGGACAGCAGAUAGUUCGUCCUCUGAAGAGGAGGAGGAAUAUGUUGUGGAGAAGGUUCUAGACAGGCGUGUUGUGAAGGGUCAAGUGGAGUAUCUUCUCAAGUGGAAAGGAUUCUCUGAGGAGCAUAACACUUGGGAACCUGAGAAGAACCUUGACUGCCCUGAACUGAUUUCUGAGUUUAUGAAAAAAUAUAAAAAAAUGAAGGAAGGUGAAAACAAGCCCCGGGAGAAAUCGGAGGGCGCCAAGAGAAAGUCAAGCCUUGCCAACAAUGAGGACAUCAAAGCCAAAAAAAAGAGAGAGAGCACCGAUAUUGCCAGGGGCUUUGAAAGAGGACUGGAGCCGGAAAAAAUCAUCGGAGCCACAGACUCCUGUGGAGAUUUGAUGUUCCUAAUGAAAUGGAAAGACACGGAUGAGGCUGACCUGGUUCUAGCGAAAGAAGCCAAUGUGAAGUGCCCUCAAAUUGUGAUAGCAUUUUAUGAAGAGAGACUGACCUGGCAUGCAUACCCAGAAGACGCUGAAAACAAAGAGCGGGAAGCAGUGAAAAGCUAAAGUGGCUGGGCUCCUUUGUCUGUCCGUAUAGUUGUACAUAUCUGCCCUCUCUCCCCUCUUCCCAAAUCCAUCCAUUAAAAGUGUGCUUAUUACUGUGCUCGACAGGAGAAACGUUGAUAUUGGUUGGCUUAGUCAUAACAUGAAUAGUGUGAGUCACGUUCUGGUUUCACUCCCAAGAAAUCGACAUGCUGUGUGUGUCCUUCUUUCCCUUCAUCUCAGAAUCCAAGAAAUGUUUCUCACUUUGAUAAUCUCUUUUUACGCCUCCUCUGCCUGGCGGUUUUGUUUGGUCCCUUCACCAGUUUGCAUAGGGAGAGAUGUUGUCUCCUGUUGCUCUAGAGUGUUGCAGUAAAAGGGGAGCCGGGAGGCUGCCUGCGUUCGGGGAAGACUCAUUUCAUUUGCCAUAUGCUGUGGAUUCUGAGAUUUCCAAAUGUCCGUUAAGCCAGAACAGUGUGGGGGCUAUUUCUAGUUGUUUUCAGAACUGCUGAUCUUAUUCUGGAACUGGGUUCCAGGAUGUUGAAACGCAGUUCUCAUCCUGGUUCCUUCUGCCAUUAUCACUCAAUUCGACCCUACCUGUUCCCAUUCAGCAUAUUUUAUUUUCUAUAGUUUUAGGACAAAAACAGGUAAAUCUGAGGAUCUGGGCCUUAGAGACAGCCCCCACCCAUUUCAACCUGUCAGAUUUAGUAAUCUUCCAACCCACAUCCCUUUGUGUUUCUUGGUUUGCAUUGGCACUGCAUCAUGUGAUGUGCAGCCCGACCACAUUGUAUGUCUUCCUUGAGAUAGCCCUCUGUCUCUACCUGUUCUAAAAAAGGCCAAACAUUGUGAUUCCAAAAUUAGUUUGAAUCCCUGAGGUGCUGCUUUGUGUGUGCCAAACUUCUCUAUCAUACCAUUGUGCGCACAGUUGGUCUCAUCUGAUUACAGAAGGUAAGCAAGAUGAGACCUGACUAGUAGUUAGAUCACCAGGUAGGGUGAGGAAAGAACCUUGCCUGAAACACUGCGGGACUGUUGCUGACAGUACUGGGCUAGGAAGACCAGUGCUCUCACAUAAUAUGAGGCAGGUUUCCAUUUUCUUCUGCCUAGUAACCUUUCUCCCCCAAAAAGAGCUCUUUUGUUCUGGGAUCUUGGCCUACUCCUCAUUUCAUGAGAAACAAUUUAUCAGAGGUACACCUUAAAGGAAAAUAACCGCAUGAACAUCAUUUACUUAGUAAGUAUCAUAUAUAGCAUACCAAUCUUGAUGCAGCUCAGGUGCAAGAAUUGUUCCAGAUUGGCCUCUUUGUGGUUGACACUGGUGAACAAUUCCACCGUAAAGGUUUUUUUGGGACUGUUGAUAAGUCAUUUCAGCAGUUGUUUUCCUCUUGUUCCUAACUAAGAGGGGCUGGAGGGCCAAAUGACAGAAAACAAGUAGAGUAACAUUCCCCUUGGUAGUGUGCCCUUUUCCCAAUGCCCAUGCAUGUUUUUUCACAUGGAAUGUCUGUAUUGUGUAGAAUAGAUGAGAUUUCAGGGCUCUGCUUUCGUUCAUCCCUCACUGCAGAUAAAGUUUGCUGCCACGUUUGACAGUAAAAGGCAAAACUGACAGUAUUAAUAUUGAUCAACACUAGCCUCUCACCUUCCGAGUUUUUGGGUGCUCAAAAGCAUUUCAGGGUCAUGCAUGCUCAUAGUAAACUUGAUGGGAGCUUGCAAUUUGAAGUAGGCUAGAUUUAGUAUACUAGAGAAUUACAGUGUCGCUACUCCUUGUGUUUCCUUUAAAUCCUCUUCCAGGAAUCUGGAAUCUUAGUUAUAUUAUCUCUGUCUCAUUACUUCCUGCUCUCAAUGACAGAUACCUUUUCGAGUGGUAAGACAGAGCUGCCAAUGUUAGCAAAAUCACUAGUACCUCUGCUUAUCCUUUUUCACUGUUUCUGAAUAUUUACGUUUUCUGUUUUCCUACAAUGAACAAUAGAAGUAUUUCAUCCAUCCAUCUUUUCUACCUUUGUAGACCCAUCCCUGUCAGGAAUUGCUGCUCAUUUGCAGUUGAGUUGUUGCAGCCUCAGGGCUCUUCCACACAGCUAUAUAACCCAGAAUAUCAAGGCAGAAAAUCCCACAAUAUCUGUUUUGAACUUGCGUUAUAUGAGUCCCCACUGCCAUUUAUUUCAGUUCAGAGCUGAAAAUCUUGAAUUUUAUUCAGCGGUGUGGAAGGGGCCUCAGUUGACUUUCUGUUGCUGCUAGCGACUCUUGCAUCACCAGCAGACUUUUAUCUUCAAAACAAUUGCUAGGCAUAACAGUUGGAAACUUCCUCCAGCUCAGUGGCUAAAUGUAACCAGUACAGUUGUACUAUAUUUAGAGGAAAUUUGAAGCCAUGGUGGUUGGGGGAGGUGAGAUAAUAUUUUUUACGUAUUGAAAGUCUCCCUCCUUUUCUUGUAAGGACGGAAAAUACAUUAUGUGUAAUUUGGUUAGACAUAAAAUUAUCAUAUUUGAUCAAUUAAAAGUACAAUUUAUUUAGAAAAUAAAAUACAAAUUAUUUUUUUAAAAUUGUGGCGAAUGAAGCUACAGGAUCUGGGAUGAUGUGAAAUAUCUGAGCUCUUAAAAACCUGUUGGGUUUUGCCAGUAGAACACGGAAACAUAACCAAAACAAAAGAAACCAUCAACAUUAGUAAAACAAAAGACAACUGUUUUGUCUCCUCCACUCCUCCAUAAUGUCACACAUAUAUAAAAUUCCUAUUUCCUUAAAGCAAGGUCAAGAAUUGCAGCAUUCCUUUGCUGUGCAUUGUCCUACAUAAAAGUCUUCCUGUUACUAUGUACAUACUCAUGCAUAAGUCUAGAAAGGUUAGCCAAAAAAAAUGACCCAAAGAUCCUGGGUUGACUUAUCCAUGGGUCAGUGUAUCAAAAUACGAAUAUGAACCAUCCCCUACUCUGGGUAGAAAUGUGAAAGGUGAGAAUCACCUUGUACUCUUUCUGCCAUAUUGCUGCUUUUGAAAUGCUUAAGCAGAAAAUGGCAACUGGAGCAGCUGGUCCCCCUGUGACAGCAUUGGCACUUUCCCCUCUGCAGAGUGACAUUCCAACUUACCCAUGGGUUGACCCCAAAACCUAUUUUUGAUGUCUACAUAUGGUUGACUGAUACAUGAAUAUAUACAGUAAUGUUUAGAAAAAAAUUUUGGGAAUAGAUAGAAACACCUCAUCUUAAUUAUUUUAUUCAUCAUUAUGAAAUUAAAAUAUUUCAUACUACGUUCUUCACAAUUUUUUCCAAUUCCUUCAGGGGAAGAGGCUAUGGGGGAAAGCCCUAUUCCCCCCCCCCCCCCAAAUUGCUCUCACCAUAUUUAAACAGAAGAAUAUGCAUUUCAUUUCAAUGAUUAUUUAAAUUUAGAAUGGGAACUUGUUUUACAUCCAGUUCUAUAUCAGUGGUUCCUAAUCUUUGGUCCUCCAGGUAUUUUGGACCGCAGCUCCCACAAUUCCUAAUAGAUGGUAAACUAGCUGGGACUUCUGGGAGUUGAAGUCCAAAACAACUGGAGAACCAAAGGUUGGGAGCCAAUGUCCCAUAUAGUUCAGAAGUUCUAAGGAUGCAUGCCUGAUCCCAGUCCCUAUGCACAAAUGGAUUUUGCAGAUUGCUCUGACUAAAUAGGCAAAACCCUCUUCUAUCUGUUCACCUAAAGAUAGGGUGGGUUGUGAGCUAAAUUUAAGUGUCACGGUUUUGCAAUUUUCUAUGUAAUUGAAAGGGGAGCUCCAAGAUGAAAUAAUUUGGUAAGAAACAGCAUGGUUUUGUAGAGAAAUAUUUUAGCGUUUCUUUUAGAAUCAGAACGACAUGGGGAGUUCAUUUUGUGAAGGGAUUGAACCCACAAAAUAAAUAGCUUUGAUAACUUAGAGAUAGGUAGAGAUACGUAACGGUGCUGCCCUUCUUGUUCCUAUUUGAAAAUUGUCAUAGGCUGAUGGGAGAGUUAACACAUAGGCUGGUCUUCCUUGCUUGAUACUAAAUGCUGCACAUUCAUCUGCAUUCAACUGGUGACCGGCCUACAGCUUGUGAUUGACAAAUCUAUCAUGCCUGAAUCCAUCGAGAUGUUUAUUUUCCCACUGCCAAACUCUUUGUUUUGUACAGGCAUUUUCAGCACAAAAUAUGUAUAUAGUUUGCAUUUUUGUACUCAUGCAUCUAUUUACUAAAGCUGGGUACAUUUAGCAUGUUUCUGCAUUUUAGGAUUUUAUGUAGUUUUCUUUGUAUAGUUUUCAGCUAGAUGCUGAACAUUCAAAAUGAUGUGUUGCAUGCUCAGAAAUAUAAGAUUUCCAAACACAAUUGUGUUGGACUCAGUGUUUGGUUUUAGGAGGUGCAAAUUGGGUAGAUUUUUUUUUUAAAAUGAAAUCUCGAUGGAGUGACUUAUCUUACUCAUCCAUCCCUACAGCUGUUUGAAUCCCAUUCAGGUUUUUUAAACUCCGUAUUAGCUUUCCUCUGCUCUUUCUUCUACCCACCUCUUGCCACACUUGGAUGUGCUGAGGCAGCAGAAUAUCUCAGAUGCUGGAAAGGAUUUUUGAGGAAAGAUGAGUUUCCUAUUUGUCUGCUUAGAUGUAGUCUUUACAUCUAAGCAAAUUUGUCUGCUUAGAUGUAUUUAUUGUAAAUAAUCAGUCACUUUGAGGAUUUUUUGAGAUAAAAGGAUGCCCAGGCUCUCUCUCUCUCUUUUUUUUGAAAAAGGAGAAAACUACCCCAUGCAUUCCACAGAAAAUUAUCUUCCUUUUCCCUCCCAUUCUCCCUCUCCCUUCUCUAAUGAUAAUUAUUGAAGUAGAGAUAGUCAUUCUUUAUAUCCCUGAAAUGGAAAAAGAGGACACGAGAGAGAGCUUUUUUCAUUAUUAUUAUUAUUAUUAUUAUUAUUAUUAUUAUUAUUAUUAUUAUUAUUAUAUCAUGCCACUUUUAACAUCACCAGUUUAGGUGUGGAUUUGUGACACUACAGCUCUGAAAGGGAAAAACAACUGGUGUUUUUGGGUGUUAUUUUGCUGAAGUGAUAGGAAGUGGGAAAGGAGAUAGUGUUUGAUCCAGGAAAAAAGAAAGGUUACACUGGGUUCUUGCUGACCUAGAUUAUUUGUGCAAGUUCUCUGGGGUGCUGUCCCUCUUGGAGAGGGCACCACCUUGCCUCUUAGUCUCUUCUUCCCUUGGGGUGCCAGAUGAUCCUACACUGGUCCUCUGCUCCUUUUUAGAAUAGGCUGCUGAUGGCUGAAUUAUCACUACAUUCGAUUUUGGGUAAAUAGAUACAGAACUAGAGUGCCAGUGUGGUGUAGUAGUUUGAGUGUUUGACUAGGACACCAAGUGAGUGGGAUUUGAGUCUUCAAUUGGUCCUGGUAUCCUUCAUGGGGAUCUUGGGAAAGUUAUACACUCUCAGCCUCAGAGGAAGGCAAUGGCCACCCCCUUCUGAACAAAUUCUGCCAAAAAAAACCCCCCGGUGAUGGGUUUGCCUUCGCAUUGCCACAAGUCAGAAAUGACUUGAAAGCACACAGCUUGGAGAGGAAGUGUCUGGAGUUGGCUACGCUUCUGCAGGAUAAACUCUAAAGCAGUGGUUCUCAACCUUUGCCUCCCCAGGUGUUUUGGCCCACAAUUCCCAGAAAUCUCAACUAGUUUACCAGCUAUUAGGAUUUCUGGAAAUUGAAGGCCAAAACAUCUGGGGACCCACAGGUUGAGAACCACUGCUCUAAAGCAUACUGUGAUUUCUCCAGUCCACACCUUGAGUAGCAACCAUUGCCUCACGUGUUAUGUGUAGUUCUGAAGCAUGUGGACUAUAUAAGAGAAAUUUCCCUUGCUAUCGUGUUUGGGGGAUUAGAUCUGAAACCCCUUCUUAUAAAAAGUGUACCAGCUUUAUCAGGUCAAACAUUGUUUGUUACUCUUUUACAAAAGCACUUAAAAGAAUUCACAGUUGAGAGCUUUGGGUGAACAUCUGAUUUCUUUUUUCUAUUACCUGCUUAUAUGCAUACAGUUGCACACGUAACAAAAUGUAAAAUAAAUAGUCUUUGCAAGCUGCUGGUAAUAGAUGGUCCUAUCUAGAAGUAAAAAAUUAAGACUUCUAGCAGUUAGAAGCACUUGUGUAUCAGUUUGAAAAGCAAGUAAACUAAUGACAUGUUAGGAAAUUAAUAGGCAUUUGAUCAUGAUAUUGUUCACCAUUUUAAAUACUUCCUACUUCCAAGAAACUCUUCGGCAUCUCUAUUCUUAUGCAAAUACUUGUGCUAUGAUUUUUCAAAAGUAUGCAUACAUCUCUGAAACAAUAAUUGGCAUGUCAUCCUCCUCCCCUUUACUUUUUUUGGGCAUGUUUCAUUAGAAAUUGUUCACACACCCUUGUCAGUUGGACACAUUAGACAAGAUUUGGAAGGUGUUCAAAACACCUUGUCAACUUAAACGCAACAACAAAAUGCGUCAGCAGGGCACAUGGGAAGGCUACUUAAACUUGCUGUAGCAUAGACACAGAAUGAACAUCUUCCUUAGCCUUCUCAAAGGGCAGAAAUGUAAGGAGCAAACUAUGAAGGUGUUGCCGAAGGCUUUCAUGGCUGGAAUCACAGGGUUGUUGUAUGUUUUCUGGGCUGUAUGGUCAUGUUCCAGAAGUAUUCUCUCCUGACGUUUCACCUACAACUAGGGCAGGCAUCAUCAGAGGUUGUGAGGUAUAUACCUCACAACCUCUGAGGAUGCCUGCCAUAGAUGUGGAUGAAACAUCAGGAGAGAAUACUUCUGGAAUAUGGCCAUACAGCCUGGAAAACACACAACAAAACUAUGAAGGUUCACAAUGUGAACUGGUGUGCCGCAGCCCUGUUCAAAAGAGCUCUUUUUCUAGAAGAAUUUUUUAAAAAUAAUCCAAAAAGCAUAGUCAGGUACUUAAGUACUAGAAAAAAGUGAAACCUGUCUUCUGCUUUUCAGUUUCCUCCCUUCUGCUGAAAACCUUGUAAAGUGUGUGUGUUUCUUAGGGCAGUAGAAUUAGCCAGCUGAUUCAGAACAUCCAGGAUUUCCAGCCAGACAUGCUGCAUUUAGGUGGCUUCUGAACUGAUCCCACCUCCUCACUCUUUGGCUCCUGGUCUCAAAUGUUUCAAUGGCAUAACAAAGCAUAUUGAUGUUAGCUUUUUUGGUGUCGUCUUGCAUUUGGAGGUUGUCCGGAUGGGAAAUGUGUGUAUGAUGGGUGGGGGAGGUUUGAAUUUCAAACCUGGGCUUUCACUAGUGGUAUGUAAUUAAUGUAUUCAUCAUGUGAUUGUAAAAAAACACACAGUUGAAUCUUUUUGUUUUGUUUUGUUAUGGAAAUUGAGUGCUUCCUUCUCUGAAUUCAUCAUGGUUUAACUUCAUGGAGAGACAUUCAAUUUGCAGGUGCAGUCUCCUGACGCAGCCUAUUCUUAGCAUGCUGUCAAAAAAAAUGAAUUGUUACCCCCAGUCGCCUAGGAGAGUGAGAUAAAAUACAGAGAGUGAGAAUUAAUUUUGUUUUAAUUAAACUCAUUAAUUUUUUGAUUAAUGGUCUAAUUUUUACCUGGGGUGGUAUCUAAAUCUCUUCUUGCUGUACUGGCUGUAAUGACAUUCUGUCUCCUCCCAUUAGUGGGAAGAGUAGAAAAAGUGGAAGGAGAAAGGGGGGGGAAAUGCCUCCAUUCAGCACAAGUUAAAUUUUCUCACCUUGCUUAUAUCACAGCUGUCUUUUUAUUGUAAGGUGACCCAGUUAAUUGAGUUUUACCUGGAGUCUUGGCGAAAGCUAAUAGGCCCCUUACUAGUCAACGCCACAGCACAAUAUUCAGCUGCAUUUUUGCUGUCCUGAUUCCUGCUCUAAUUUAAAACGUUAAAAGCCAUUUAAUCCCAAAUUCUGAGGAGUUAUUAUUUUUUUGUAGAUUAUUUUUCCCCAAGAGACAAAAAGGCACAGUUCUCUGGGGGUUUCAGUUCUGCCAGCUCCUUAAUAUUGAAUUUGAGCUAAACGAAGAGAUAUCUGGAUUGAUACCCCACAGCAUCACUUCAAAAGCAGAUACCCAGAUUUGUUUUCUUCUUGAGACUUAUUAUCUAUGGUGCAUGGUUUAAUUUUAACUCCUCGUACCUCCUUCAACCAUAUUUCUAGUUAACAAAGUUGCCUGGGUUGACAGUCUUUGUCAGUGGUGUCAGCCACCUUUAUCAUGGUAAUGGUUAUGAGUGAUGGAUGCAAAUCUGGAGAAAAAUGGACCAUAAAAUACUGAUUCCACAGUUCACCAUGCCAUGUAAAAUUUCAAAUGAUGUAUGAAUAUUUGAUUGGAUCCAGACUGGAAAAAUAAGCACAACUAAAUAAAGUGUUAUUAGGCGAAAAGGUCCUGGUGGUUUGCUGCUAAGCUAUUAGUGCUGGGCAAAGAAGUCAGCCUAUAACUGAGUAUUAGCUUUAUUAUUUAUGUUCCACCUUUCUUUUAAUGAGCUGAAGGCAAAGUAUGUACUUUCCUCCUCCUCAUUGUAUCCUUACAGAACUAUGACACCAGUCAAUCUCUCGGCCUUACCUAUUUUUCAUAACAGCUAUGUAAGAUAAGUCAUGAGAGAGUGACUAGUAGUUUCGGAUUUCCCGGUAAAUUCUGUGGCUCAGUAAGGACUAGAACUUGAACUUUCCCAGUGCCAGUCUAGUACUCUUACUGGGAAGAAGACCUUAUCUGGGGGGAUAGGUGAGGCAUGGAAGUGUCAACUUCCUCCCGAUCAUAACACGCUUCCAUCCACAACAGAUCAUUGAUGAUCUUCUGAGUGUAUGUGUGUGGGUGUGUGUUAGCCCUUCUUUUGGUGACAUUUUAACCAAGCCCUUUAAUUCUGAGCUAAUGUAUGUUACGCUGGUUUUUAAAGUGUGAAAAUGAUUUUUAAACAAGGAGCUAUUUGUUGUACAAUUUGACAUGUUAUGAAAACAACCCACAAUCCUCUGCCCUGUAUCUCCCCCCCCCCCUCUCUUUCAUACUUCUUGUAUUGGUUCUAAUAAAUGUUUACUUUUCAA